AGUGGCGCGAAAACUCCAGUUGUGUGGUUUGACGGCAGCAGGGCAGGCUUCACAUCGACUCAGUGCUUUCUUUUAAGAUUUCCUAGUAGAAUAAUAACAAAUUCUCCAAAAUGAUGGCUACCGACGUGCUCGAUGACCGGGAGCUGAGAGAAGCUCAGAGAGAUUAUCUGGACUUCCUGGAUGACGAUCAAGACCAGGGGAUUUACCAGAACAAGGUGCGGGACAUGAUCGGCGAGAAUAAAGCUCGGCUCAUCAUCAACAUCAAUGACCUGAGGAGACGCAAUGAGGCCCGGGCUGCCAAACUGAUGAACAACGCCUUCGAGGAGCUGCUGGCGUUCCAGCGGGCGCUGAAGGACCUGGUGGCCUCAGUCGAUGCCACUUACGCCAAGCAGUAUGAGGAGUUCUUCAUCGGCCUGGAGGGCAGCUUCGGCUCCAAGCACGUCACCCCCCGCACCCUCACCUCCCGCCUGCUGGGCAGCAUGGUGUGUGUGGAGGGCAUCGUCACCAAGUGUUCUCUGGUGCGUCCCAAGGUGGUGCGGAGUGUCCACUACUGUCCCGCCACCAAGAAGACAUUGGAGAGGAAGUACACAGACAUGACCUCCCUGGAUGCUUUCCCCUCCAGUGCUAUCUAUCCCACCAAGGAUGAGGAGAACAACCCCCUGGAGACAGAGUUCGGUCUGUCUAUCUACAAGGACCACCAGACCAUCACGGUGCAGGAGAUGCCAGAGAAAGCGCCGGCCGGGCAGCUGCCUCGCUCGGUGGACAUCAUCCUGGACAACGACCUGGUGGACGUGGUCAAACCAGGCGACAGGGUGCAGGUGGUAGGAACGUACCGCUGCCUGCCCGGCAAGAAGGGAGGCUUCACCUCUGGCACCUUCAGGACCAUCAUGAUCGCCUGCCAGGUGAAACAGAUGAGCAAGGAGGUGUCUUCCUUCUUCUCAGCUGAUGAUGUUGCCAAAAUCAGGAAAUUCAGUCGGUCAAGCUCCAAGGACGUGUUCGACCAGCUGGCGCGCUCUCUGGCCCCCAGUAUCCACGGGCACGAGUAUAUCAAGAAGGCCAUCCUGUGUAUGCUGCUGGGCGGAGUGGAGAAGGUUCUGGAAAAUGGCUCGCGCAUCCGUGGAGACAUCAACGUCCUGCUCAUCGGUGACCCAUCGGUGGCCAAGUCCCAGCUGCUGCGCUAUGUGCUGCAUACUGCCCCCAGAGCCAUUCCCACCACAGGCAGAGGCUCCUCUGGAGUGGGUCUGACGGCUGCAGUCACCACUGAUCAGGAGACCGGUGAGCGUCGCCUGGAGGCCGGUGCCAUGGUGCUGGCUGACCGCGGCGUGGUGUGCAUCGAUGAGUUUGACAAGAUGUCCGACAUGGACCGCACAGCUAUCCACGAGGUGAUGGAGCAGGGCCGUGUUACCAUCGCCAAGGCUGGCAUCCAUGCCCGACUCAACGCCCGCUGCUCUGUGCUGGCCGCUGCCAACCCCGUCUACGGCAGGUAUGACCAGUAUAAAACCCCCAUGGAGAACAUCGGCCUGCAGGACUCCCUGCUGUCCCGUUUCGACCUCCUCUUCAUCAUGCUGGACCACAUGGAUCCAGAACAGGACCGGGAGAUCUCGGAUCACGUGCUGAGGAUGCACCGCUACCGUGACCCCCGCGAGCAGGACGGAGCAGCGAUGGUUUUGGGUGGGUCAGUGGACAUCCUGGCCACAGACGACCCAGACGCCGUGCAGGAGGCGCAGGAGGAGCUGCAGGUUUAUGAAAAACACAACAACCUGCUGCAUGGCAGCAAGAGAAAACGGGACAAGAUUGUGAGUAAGGAGUUCAUGAGGAAGUACAUCCAUAUCGCCAAGGGUGUGACCCCGGUGCUGACCCAGGAGGCGGCCAAUCACAUCGCAGAAGAAUACUCCAGGCUGAGGAGCCAGGAGCAGCUGGGCGCCGACAUUGCAAGGACGUCUCCGGUGACGGCUCGUACGCUGGAGACGCUGAUCCGUCUGUCCACGGCGCACGCCAAGGCCCGCAUGAGCAAAGCCGUGGAGCUGGAGGACUCGGAGGUGGCUGUGGAGCUGGUCCAGUUCGCAUACUUCAAAAAGGUUCUGGAGAAAGAGAAGAAACGUUCGAGGCAGGAGCGCGACUCCGGCUCGGAGGAGGAAGAGGAGGAGGAAACAGUCUCACAACGUACCCAACGCUCACAGAGGAAGAGGGGGCGACGUGGUUCUCAGAGCAGCGAGCCCUACAGCCCAUAUGACUUCAGUGAGGAGCAUGAAGUCCCAGAGAUUCAGGCCGGCACCCCCAAACCUGCCAGACAGCAGGAGGAGGAGGACAGGGAGGCCAUGGACACCUCCGCCCCCCCAGCUCUGGGCGAGCAGACUGGAGUCUCAACAGACAGGCUCAAAGAGUUCAAGUCGUCGCUGUUUGCGGUGUUCCAGUCGGCUCACGCUCAGUCGGUCAGGAUGACGACCUUGAUGGAUGAAGUCAACAAGGGUCGCCAGUCGCCGUUCACAGACGCUGAGGUUCGCGCCGCCUUGGCUCGCAUGCAGGACGACAACCAGGUCAUGGUGGCCGACGAAAUCGUUUUCCUCAUCUGAGGAGAGAUGGUCUCACUGUCUCUCGCAUAAAUUCAAUGGACUCGGAAAGCAAGUCUGAUUUAUAUAUAAACAUGUAAAUUUACUUCCUCUACCUGAUAUCAAAUGUUUCCCAUUUGUUUCCUGCCUCUGCUUCCCGUUAUCUCUGAAAUCACAUCCCUGUUUCGAUUUAUUGUAAGCUGUUUGUUUUUCUGUUUUGAGAUGAAAACAGAAAGCAACACGUUUGUGUUUUGUGGCACAUUCCUUCUUUGUAAAUACACCCACAAAAAAGGUUACAAAAAUAGUUUAUUAUAGGCUCUUGUGCAGGUUUUUUGAUCAGCUCAUUUUUCAAAACAGUCCAAAGGCAGUCAUGUCUUGAUGUUAACCGCUUUCUCAUUCAUUUAUGCAUCUUGCUCUGAGGUUACUGUUUAAAAAGAUGAUGAAAUUACUUUGUAGCCUUGUUCCAGUCUGUUAACACAUGGACAGUCACUGUAAACACUGGCCAAUAGUGUAAUUGAUCCAAAUCUCCCUCUAUAUGUAAUGUUCAUUCAGUGGUGUAGCAAACCAAUGCAAAUGCAGUUUUCAAUAAAUAAGGAAAGGUGUUACUAUAUCAUUCCAAUAAUUGUAACACCGUAUUUAAGGACCUUAAGUAGUACUGCCAACAUUGCUCUUGUUGGCACAGGCUACUAGUGUUUGUGUAUAUAGUUCAGGGGGAAAACAAAUGUAAUGGUUCAUAAACUGUAGUUGUGUAUUAAAAAAAAGAAAUAAAUGUUCAUGCUCGGCUGUGUCAGUGAUCUGGCUUGUC